CGAGGACGACAGGGAUUGCGCGCCAUAUUUUCUUUCCUCCGCCUUACCUUCUACUUCACGGGAUUGUUGAUUUAUAUAUGACCGGAUCAAUAGCAGCAGCGGCAGUACAGAAUUCGACCUCCGGAGCGUGAACAGGGCUCGAUUUCCUCCGCUGUACACUUGAGAAAUUAUAUUAUUUAGAAAUAGCAAUAAUAAUCAUCCGGCACCUCCAGUCGGAUUAGGACUCCUCCCCUUCGGACCGGGAGGGGCUGCGGCUAUUAUUUAUAGUAGCAGAAGAAUAGGAAGGUGCUAGUAUUGGGUUUUCGUCAGGGAGACAAUCGCCUGCUAAGCUGCAACAAUCGUCUUGGGCAGUCGCCUGAAGGAUUCAAAAUAUAGAAGAACUAAAAGAAGAUCACACAGACCAGCUCACUGGAUUUCUCCAUGGAUGCCAACAACGAUAAUAACAGCUCCAAGAGCCAGAACCAACAACUGGAGGGUGAAGAUAGGCUCAGCACACUGACUGAUGAUAUCUUACUCUCUAUCUUGGGGAGACUCACUGCACAUAUGGCUGCAAGGACAAGUGUGCUCUCUACACGGUGGAUGCAUCUUCCUUGGUUGCUGCCUGAGCUCAGCAUCAAUGUCAAGGAAUUCCUAUCUGGUCCAUGCUCUGACCCUGCUGAGGAAAAUGAUAUGGAUCAAGCUAUGGCAUCGUUAACAAAUGCGACCAGGAGUUUCUUGGCUAAACCACGGAAAGGAUCGAGCAUUUCGAGGCUGCACCUUCAGCUAUACUUGAUCAACACUUUCUUAUGUGACAUUGGCCCACUUGUAGAUGAUGCAGUCAGUAGUGAUUUGUUGAAAGAUUUGGAUCUCACCGUUCAUGACGAAACAGAUCCUCUUGACCGUACUGAGGAAGAUAUGAUACAGCGAGCCCAGGACGUGGAUGGUUUUUUCACUGCAUACCCUACUGUGCUCCGUUGCCUCACAAGACUCUGUCUAUAUAACGUAUGCUUUGGAAAAUUGGACAUCAACCAUAUCUUGUCUGACUGCUGCAAGCAACUAAAGCACCUAAUCCUCUUUCAUUCUGAUAGUGGAGAAUGCACUCCGUGUAAGAUAGAUGCACCAAACUCAAAACUAAGUAUUCUAGAAAUCAACACGUGUCGCUUUGAGAGGCUUGAGUUGGUCUGUCUUCCAAAACUGGAGAGGCUCGAAUGGAAUACUUGGUUGUCUGUAUAUGCACCCUUGUCUUUUGGUUUUGUCCCAUCUCUUGGGGAAUUGAAACUAUCAAAUGGUAGAUCAGCUUCGCAUCGAGGGUUUAAAUUAAGUGAGGUUCUAGAUGGAGCCACAAGCAUUCAUACUCUGACAUUGGAUUUCCAAGGAGAAAACCUUUGGAUGCCACUACAAAUAAAGGAACUCUGCCCCGCAUUCAACAAGAUAAGGAAGCUGUCUGUGUGUGGUAUAUUUGUUGACUUUGACAUUGAAUGGACGAUAGCCUUUCUUGAGGCGGCACCCUCCAUUGAGUUAUUACAUAUUGGGGUAUGGGACCAUGCAUGUGAAGACAAUGCGAACGUAAGGUCGACAUUCCCCCAAAGAAGAAAUCCUCGGUGGGAGGUGGAUUUCCGCAGCUCCAAGAACUUGCUAUUGAAAGAGCUCCAGUUCAUUGGCUUUGCGUCAUUUGAACACCAGUUUACAUUUAUAAGAGCUUUGCUGGAGCGGGCUCCGAACUUGCAGACAAUAGUUCUGAAACCGAACGAACAAUGUGACCAAUGUGACGCCCUUGAUACACUACCACUGUCUUUAUUAUUUCCAAAGGAAAAGGGUGGACAAGAAAAGGUGGUCAGCCGAAUAACAGAUGGCAUAUUCUCACCCCAAAUAUUUUUUGAUGAAUAAGCAUAUUGUCUGCAAGCCAAAUAUUUAAUCUGUAUGAACCUUUAGUUGUGUGAUAUUGGUAGUUUCGUGCGAGGAAUGUUGUGUUUCAUACAUGUAUUUUUGCAAUGUA